AUGUCGACGUCUUCACGGUCCCUCAAGUUGGCGGGUGCGGCAGCCCGUGCUGCGCGGCAUGCCUCUCGGCCAUCCAAGUUCUCUGCCAGGGCUUUCACCUGUUCCGCCAGGCGGGCAUCAGAGCUGAACUCACUGCAUACGUUUACAGACGAAGAGAAUAUGCUACGAGAGUCAGUCCAGCGCUUUGCGACUGAAGUGGUCGGGCCAAGGGUGAGGGAGAUGGACGAGAAGGAGAUGAUGGACCCCGCGGUCAUUCAGGGGCUUUUUGAGCAGGGGCUCAUGGGCAUAGAGACGAGCGCAGACCACGGCGGCGCGGAGGCUUCCUUCACCUCCGCCAUCGUCGUCAUCGAGGAACUCGCCAAGAUCGACCCCUCCGUCUCCGUCCUGUGCGACGUGCACAACACCCUCGUCAACACCGUCAUCCGGAAAUACGCGACAAAGGAGCAGCAGGACAAGUGGCUGCCAAAGCUCGCCACCUCCAAACUCGGGUCCUUCUGCUUGUCGGAGCCAGCAUCGGGUUCGGAUGCCUUUGCGCUGCAGACGCGGGCGAAGAAGGACGGCAACCAGUGGGUCAUCAACGGCUCGAAGAUGUGGAUAACGAACUCGUACGAGGCCGAGAUUUUCCUCAUCUUCGCCAAUGUUGACCCGAGUAGAGGCUACAAGGGUAUCACCUGCUUCAUUGCUACGAAGGAUAUGGGCAUCCAAAUAGCAAAGAAGGAGCAGAAGCUAGGCAUUCGGGCCUCGUCGACGUGCACGCUUAACUUUGAUGAUCUGAAAAUCCCUGAAGAGAAUGUCAUUGGAGAAAUUGGCCAGGGCUACAAGAUUGCUAUUGAGAUUUUGAACGAAGGUCGCGUCGGCAUUGCAGCACAGAUGGUUGGACUCGCACAGGGUGCCUUCGAUAAGGCCGUGCCCUAUACGUACGAGCGAAAGCAAUUCGGCCAGCCCGUCGGCACCUUCCAGGGCAUGGCCUUCCAAAUUGCUCAGGCCGCCGUGGACAUCGAGGCGGCCCGCCUGCUCACCUACAACGCCGCCCGGCGAAAGGAGGAAGGCAAGAGCUUCGUCAAGGAGGCCGCCAUGGCGAAGUACUACGCCAGCGUCGUCGCGCAGCGCGUGAGCGGCUCUGCGAUCGAGUGGGCGGGCGGCGUCGGUUUCACGAGGGAGACAGGGAUCGAGAAGUUCUGGAGGGAUUCCAAGAUCGGAGCUAUCUACGAAGGCACAUCGAAUAUCCAGCUUAACACUAUUGCUAAAUUUAUUCAGAAGGAGUACUCAUAG